AAUUUAUGUGAGAAAGUCCGAACUCCUCCAUUCCCCAUCCUUUACGCCUCUCUCGGGCCUCGGCCGCCUAGGAGGAAUCAUGGAGAAAGAAGCGACAAAGCUCUCCUUCUCCUUCUCCUCUUCCAAGCCCUCAUCUCGCCCCCCAGCCUCCAAGCUCGGCCGGCCGCCUACCAAUGAUGGCGGCUCGAAACCCCAAUUCGUCACCAUCUUCGAUUCCUCCGCAGUCCCUAAUCCCGACGACUCCAAGCUCGUCAUCGCCCCGAUUCCCAACGCCUACAGCAACCCUGCCUUGAAGCGGAUGAAGAACCUCCUCCCCCUUCCUACCGCCGAUGACGACCCCUCCGCUGACACAACCACCCGCUUUGUCCUAGACACCUCUACCGGCGACGCCCCUGCUGGGAGCAUCCCGUAUGGGCUCACCCUUCGUUCGACCGAUGAAUCCAGAUCCCACCAAGAGGAAGGGGGCGGGUCUGGCCGUGGACGCAGCCGUGCCCAGGACGAAGAUUUUCGGAGAUAUAGGGAAGAUGUGAAGGAUCGGCCGGAAGAACAAAGCAUGGAGGCUUUCGAACAAGUCAAGGUGGAGGACUUUGCUGCCGCUGUCCUUGCUGGGUAUGGGUGGAACCAAGGCCAGGUGAUUGGACGGAACAAGAAUCUAGCUGACACCAAUGUCUUUGAAUACAAGAGAAAGGGUGGAUCUGAAGGUCUCGGAUACAACCCAUCUACGGGUGAUCCCAAGAAGAGAAGAGGCUCUUGGGUUGUGGAAGGCUCAAAAGAGAAAGCAAGAGAGAAGGAGAAGGUACUCAGGGUUAUAUCAGGCAGAUAUAUGGGUUCCAAAGGAAUAGUCUUGAAGAAUUUUGAGAAUUUUGAGCUUGUCUUGAAGCUGCAGAGGAGUGGAGAGGAGGUGAAGCUAAGUCAUGAUAUGGUGGCUGAGUUGGGAUCAGCGGAGGAAGAGAAGUUCCUGAAGAAGCUUAAGAAAUCAGAAGAUGAGUACAAGAGUGGGAAGAAGGAGAACAGGAAGAGAGAGGAGAGGAGGAGCAUGGAAACAAGAAGAGAGGACAAGAGUAACAUCGUGCAGCAAAGCACCAUGAGCACUGAUCGUAAUGGGGUGCCCAAGGUCCAAUGGCUUACAAGUUAUAUUCGAGUCAGAAUAAUCAGCAAGGAUUUCAUGGGUGGAAAGUUGUACCUGCAGAAGGGUAAGGUGAUUGAUGUGGUUGGACCAACAACCUGCGACAUUUCUAUGGAUGGAAGCCAAGAAUUGGUACAAUGUGUUGAUCAGGACAUCUUGGAGACAGCUCUGCCUAAGCUAGGAGGAUCAGUGCUUGUGUUGUAUGGGAAACACAAGGGAAUUUUUGGAAAUCUAGUAGAGAGAAAUGCUGAGAAAGAAACUGGAGUGAUAAGCGAGGCUGGUAGUCAUGAGUUUAUCAAGGUUAAGCUGGAUGAGAUUGCAGAAUAUCUUGGGGAUCCAAGCUACCUUGGAUAUUGAUUGUUGAUUUCAUGACAACAUGGAGAUGGGCAUAGCUUCUUUCUUGACAUUGAUAUGUUUACAGCGCUCCUGAUGUUUUAUGGAAUACAACAUUACUUAUCCUUGGCUGGUUCUCUUAUUUUCACCCCUUUGAUCAUGGUACCGGCCAUGGGCAGUACUGAUGUAAGACAAUUUUUUCAGUGUUUUAACAUUUUACCACAAACCUAACAGAUGUAGUGUUAGAAUUGAUAAUUUACACUGGAAGGAGGAGACAACUGCUGUCAUUUCUACAAUGCUACCAGUUUCGCAGUACUGAUGUAAGACAAUUUUUUCAGUGUUUUAACAUUUUACCACAAACCUAACAGAUGUAGUGUUAGAAUUGAUAAUUUACACUGGAAGGAGGAGACAACUGCUGUCAUUUCUACAAUGCUACUAGUUUCUGGCGUUACAACAAUAAUGCAUUCUUAUUUUGGUAGUAGGCUUCCACUUGUCCAGGGAAGCUCCUUUGUAUAUCUGGCUCCUGCCUUAAUUAUUAAUUCAGAGGAGUAUAGAAAUCUUAAUGAAAAGUGAAUUUCUGCCUCCUUAUAGAUAGACAAUACUGAUAGACAUUUUUUUUUUUUUCCAAUUACGUCUUCCACUGUUCUAGUUAGACUUCCUCUCUAGAUUGGCAUUUUGAAUCCUGAAUUUUAUCAUACAAAUAGAUUGUGGUCUUGAUUUAAUUGGUUUUCAUUUAAUCUGACUCAAAUCAUGUAGUUUAAUUUGGUAUUUGGUUGAUUACUUGGUUCAAUCAAUGCAGGAGUUAAAUGUUGGCCCUCAAUAAGAAAAAGUAUGCCCAAUUUGUUGUUAAAUGCUGGAAGUUAGUUUACUUGUCGAACACUGCAUUUUCUCUGUUCUAUUGUUUGAUUAUCAUCCAAAUCUCUUUUGAUUAAAUGCAGAAGUUUAAACAUAUAAUAAGGGAAUUGCAAGUGGCUGUUGUUGUUGGUUCAGUUUUCCAAGCUGUUUUGGGCUAUAGUGGCCUCAUGUCACUUCUUCUAAGGAAAAGUUGGUGCUCUCCUAGCUUCUAUUCCGGUUGCAUUGGUUGCUUCUGUUCUAUGCUUUACAUGGGCUUUGAUAGUUGCACUUGAUGACCUUUCUACUUUCUAAUAUACUCAAACAAGAAGUUCAAGGAAUAUGAUCAUUGUUGGAUUCACCUUAUUUAUUUCUCUAUCCGUCCCAGCAUAUUUUCAACAGCAUGAACCAAAUUCAAUUCUCAUUUUGCCAAGCUAUCUUUUGCCUUACGGAGCAGCAUCAAGUGAACCAGUCCAUACAAGCAAUGAGGGGUUCAAUUUUGCUCUGAAUGCUCUUUUAUCUCUUAACAUGGUGGUCGCACUCAUCAUGGCAUUCAUACUCGACAACACAGUGGCUGGUAGAAAGCAGAUACAUAUGGUCAGACAGAGGUACACUAGACUUCGAUUCGGCUUCUCUUGAACCAUAUGCUUUGCCAACAAAUGUUAGACCCUUGUUCAGGUGGGCUAAAUGGGUUGGUUAGUGACCUGAUCGAUAUAUGAAAAGUUUUAUCAGCCUUUCUCCGGGUAUUACAUUACUCGAGAUUCUUACAACAUGAGCAUAUUUAUGUCGUUCUCCAGACAAGCUGAGAGUGGAUAUGGAUUCUUGUUUCCUAAUACAAGACUAGCUGUUUGAAGAACAAGUUUCACAUGACAGUUGUAAAUGAAAAAGGUAAAGACAAAAGAGAGAGAUUGAUAUUGAUUUUUUAUCUAUGGUUUUUUUUUUUUUUUUCAAUUUUUCUUUUCUUUUAAAAGAAAUUACUUAUUGUUUUUUGAUACUAAUGUUGUACAUGGAGUGGAUAAUGAUCUUUAGAAUGCACAA